GUGACCUAUAUAUUUCAGUAGAAGUAGUUAUUUAAGGGUCUAAACUUUCCGCUCUCUCUCUCUCACUCUCUCUCAUUAACUGGGUUUGGCGUUGUCUGUCUCUCCGCCCCUCUCUUCUGUGUUAAACAGGAUGCUGCCCUCUCUCUCUCUCUCUCUCUCUCUCUCUCUCUCUCACUCUCUCUCUCUCACACACAGCUGCUGCAGCUGAGCUCAGCUUCCUGACUUUUCUUUUUUCUUCAGGCUGCGAGAAUCAGUGGGAAGAGAGGAAGUCUGUGAAAGAGAGAGCGAGAGAGUGGAGGAGGGAGCGAACAAGAGUGAGGGAGUCUGAGUGAGUUUAUGUUUGAGUGAGAGACUGCAGAGAGAGAGAGCAAGAGAGAGAGAGUUCAUGGAAUGCUGUGAUGUCACCAGCUUAGUCAUACACAAAGGCAAGAAAGACAGAAGCACAUUCACUCUUCCAGUCUGAAGACUGCUUUGGAGUAGCUGCACCUCUCUGCUCUACAGCUGAUGGCGGAUGUACUGUGACAUCUGCGUGGGAGUGUGUGUGUGAGUGUGUGUGUGUGUGUGAGUGUUCCUGUGUGUGUAUGUGUUAAUGUGGUGUGGUCACACAAACGCUUCAACAGGCACGCACACUGCAGUGAGUGUGUGCAGGUGAUAGUUUGUAUGCAUGUGUGAUUGAGUGUGUGUAUGUGUGUGCGUGCACUUUGGUCCCCAUGUGUGUAUGCGUGCACGUGUAGUCAGAAACACAUCCAUCGUCUCUACCACCAUCUUCAACUAUCAUCUCAUCGCUCCACUGGACGUAUCGUCUGGACGUCUCUCUUGGACAUCUCUCCUGGACGUUUCCCCUGCGUCCCCUUUAAACACUCUAACCCUCUGAGACGCCCUCUCAGUCCGCUGCUAGCGCCACCAUGCUGCAGCAGAUCCUGAAGGACAUGUACAUCGAGCCGGAGCUGCUGGAGGCUCUGAGCGAGGAGCAGAAGAAGACGCUCUUCACGAAGAUGAGGCAGGAGCAGGUGCGCCGCUGGAACGAGCGCGAGGAGAAGAUGGAGGGCGAGGAGGCGCACCGGCCCAAAGCCAAGACAGGCCAGAGUAAAAGCGUGAGCUGGCUCCUUGGCCGGGAUGGGGACGUGCAGGUGUUUGUGAUUGGUGAGGUGGAUGAGCUCAAGUCCAAGCUGAUUUACACUGGGCUCGGGGAGCGGAACACGUCAAGUCUGUGCAACAACUCACGGCCUUGCAGUACCCAGGCUGCCACGUUUAAGAGCAACUUGAUCAACAGAACAUCUCCGGACUCUGUGCGAUCAGGGAGAGAGAAUCAUCCACCCAAAACACAAGCUGGAAUACAGUUAAAUCUGAAGGACAACACAGAUGAAAUGAAGCCAUCCCCCCCUCUACAGGUCCCUCUUCAAGCGCAGGAGUCACAGGAGGACACCGAGUCCGGCCCGGCGGACGGCCCAGCGGACGGCCCAGCGGACGGUCCAGUCUCCCCGGUGUCUCCGCCCCCCGCCUACCGGCCACACCUGCGCCCCGGCUCCACGAGGCCGCUCCUCACCGCCGCCUCCUUGCUGAAGGGCCUGGAUAGGAGCGGCGGCAGCAUCAGGAGCAGCGUUGGGAUGGGCAGCAGUGGCAGCGCUAGUGCCCUCCUCAGUGGCACGGGCAGCAGUGGCAGCAGCAGUAGUAGUAGUGCCCCCCUGGUUAACACAGGCAGCGGGAGCGGCAGCAGCAGUAGUAGUAGUGCCCCCCUGGUUAACACAGGCAGCGGGAGCGGCAGCAGCAGUAGUAGUAGUGCCCCCCUGGUUAACACAGGCAGCGGGAGCGGCAGCAGCAGCAGCAGCAGCAGCCCCCUGGGUGGUCCAGGGAGCAGGAUGCCCCCAGCUGAGACGCAGGAGCCCCAAAGCAGCAGAGGUAAAGACUUCCGGGUGGUGGCAUCUAAGCGUGCUUUGUCUGUUGACGAGGUGGGUGCAUCAGCGUCUGUGGCGGGUACCAGCGGCGGGUACCAGCGGCGGUGCCAGCGGCAGUUCCAGUGGUGGCACCGGCGGCUGUAACGGCCGCGGACGUGUGUGUGGGUCGGGGUCGUGUGGCCCAGCUCAUGAAGACCUUUAGCGUCUGUGGGGAGACCACCCCACCAGUACGAUCCUCAAAGCCCCCCAUCCCAUCCAAGCCCAACCACCUACGCAUGCAGCAGUCGACGUCACUCAGGUAGUCACCCCCAAGAGAUGGAAGUCCAGGAGCAGCCACCUCCAGAACCAACCACCUGUAGGACCAGACUUACCCAGGACCAGAGGCCUCUCUGCGGGCAGGCUGAGUGGACCUGCCGGGGGGAGACUGGAGGUGGUCAGCAACCUUGUUCUCUCAGGAAUCUCUCCAGUCCUCAGACUGUGCAACUUUGGCUCUCAAAGCUGGCAAACGCAAUUAUGUUCUGCUUUUAUUGUUGUUUUUUUUGUGAAUACUAUUGUUAUUAGCAUUAUUAUAUGUUUUAUUUACAUUUGGUUUGACUAUGCUGGACAUUUUUUCAGCAGGAAUGACGUGCCAAAGAAGUGGGGUUUCAGUAAUGUCACCAUAAUGUUGUUGUUGUUUUUUUUUUUUUUACUCAUAUAGGCUAGGGAUAUUUGCUGACUGUGUCAUGUCAUAAAACUGCAUGGGUGUAAUCAGUUUGACAAUCGCUUGUUAUCUGGGCUCUCCAUCGGUAUGCUAUUUUUGCCCACGGGUGUGGAUAGUUGAGAGGGAUCGAUGCUCCUGUCCUCUGAGUUCCUCGACGGACGGACAGUGGAGCAGAGGUGGAGUAGAUCAGGUGACCGGGGUCCCAGAAACAGCAGCUAUCUGGUCAGAGGGAGGCCAAAAACAGACCCCCACUCAGCUCAUGUUUAGGAACUAAACAGCACCAUCCGUUUGGUUUGUGUGGGCCAUCCACAAAAAGUAGAUCAUGAGGUCAUUUGAAAGCAAAGUAUUUUUAGAAGCUGGCCCACGCUGCUGUUAAGCAGACAUGGCAACGGACUCCUCGAAAAAGUUUCUCACCAGAACUAGAACCAGAACUAGAAUCAGAACUAGAACCAGAUUGUGUCAUAAAGGAACCAAUGAAUGUGGUCAGUGGUCUCUCCCACAGUGGUUGGUCCACCUGACAUUACCUGUCUGAGGCCAUGGCUAUCAUGUCCACAUGUACAUUACCAGCUUUCUGAAAGCUUUGAUUUUUCACUUGUACUGUUUACUUUUGUACGUAACACGCCCAGUGGCACCUUUUUACAUUUGUACUUGUUCAUUAUCCCUUACCAAUUCAGAGGGGAACUCAAAAACAUGACCAUGUUCAGUAUUUGUAUGUUGUAUAAAUGCACUGUUGGUGUCCUUUUUCAUGAAAUUAUAUCUUACUUGAGCACAUCUGA